AAGUCACAUCUCAAGCCCCCCAAGCAAGCACCGUCGGCGUGGCAAGUCUACUUCACUGAGGAAUUGCAGAAGAUGAAGCAGGAGUCGCCCGGCGAGAGGCUUAACGUCGCCCACGUUGCCAAGGACGCUGGCCAACGUUAUGCGGCGCUCCCUGAAGAGAAGAAAAAGGAAUUCCAGCGCAAGAGCCUCGAGGCCAAGGCUGAAUGGGAACGUGAGAUGGAAAAGUGGAAGCAGACAUUGACGCCCGAGGACAUCAAGCAAGAGAAUAUGUUCCGCACCGCACAACGCAAGGCCGGGAAGAGUCGCAAGGGAAAUCUGAAGGAUCCCAAUGCGCCCAAGAAACCGCUCAGUGCCUACUUUCUCUUCCUCCGAGCCAUUCGCGCCGACCCGGCACUCACCGAGUCGGUCUUUGAGGGCGAGCAGGAGACGACAAAGCAGAGCGUCUUGGCGGCAUCCAAGUGGCGCAGCCUGCCUGACUCGGAGAAGCAACCUUACCUCGAAAAGGCAGAAGCGGACAAGACCGAAUACGAGCGACUCCGUCGAGAAUACGAG